AUUCACUAAACGAGAGGAAGAGGAAAUAGAAAAGAAAAGAAGGAUUCCAACUUGGGUUUUUUACUUGAUCUUCCUUGUUUCUGUUUUGGCUUCAGAAUUUGGGUUUUGCUUGUUUUGGUGUUCUGUUGGGUUGUUGAGGAGGAGAGUGAAAGAGAUGGGGAGAGGUAGGGUUCAGUUGAAGAGGAUAGAGAACAAGAUCAACAGGCAAGUUACUUUCUCCAAAAGGAGAGCUGGGUUGUCGAAGAAAGCUCAUGAGAUCUCUGUUUUGUGUGAUGCUGAGGUCGCUUUGAUUGUCUUCUCUCACAAAGGGAAGCUCUUUGAAUACUCCACUGAUUCCUGCAUGGAGAAGAUACUUGAACGCUAUGAAAGGUAUUCUUAUGCUGAGACACAGCUUGUUGCUACUGAGUCUGACUCUCAGGGAAACUGGUCCAUUGAGUAUAACAGGCUUAAGGCUAAGGUUGAGCUCUUGCAGAAAAAUCACAGGCACUAUAUGGGAGAAGAUUUAGACUCAUUGAGUCUCAAGGAGCUGCAGAAUUUGGAGCAGCAGCUUGAUACUGCUCUUAAACACAUUCAAUCUAAAAAAAACCAACUCAUGUAUGAGUCAAUCUCUGAGCUUCAGAGAAAGGAGAAGGCAAUACAGGAGCAAAACACCAUGCUAGCAAAGCAGAUCCAGGAGAGGGAGAAGACAGCUGCGCAGCAGUUGCAGUGGGGGCAGCAGCAAGACCAUGGCCUCAACGCAUCAUCAUCCUUUCUGCUGCCACAGCCGCACCCCUGUUUGAAUAUUGGUGGCACAUACCAGGAAGAAGCAACAGAAGUGAGGAGGAAUGAACUUGAUCUGACUCUUGAACCCAUUUAUUCGUGCCAUCUGGGAUGCUUUGCUACAUAAAAUUGGUACAAUAUCUAUAUAACAAUGCUUGUUAGCCGCUAAUUAUAUGAAGUUUUGGUGUGUGAAUAUGGACAUAAAUGGAUGCAUUAUGGUAAAAAAAAAGGCAUGAGAAGGGACAAACUUGUUUGAAAUUCAUGCUUUCAUGUGUGUUUUUCUA